GAGGAAACCGGGCGUUGCCAGUUACCGGUAGUGGAAAGGGGAAGUGAUGGAGGGGAGACAAAUGUCUGCUAAUGGUCAUGUGAAUUGAACAUGAGUUGUUGUAAGUAAUUGCGGUGAGGUAAAUAGUAGUUGUCAAUUGCGAGAAAUUCAUAAUGAGUCUGAGAGAUCAUACUUAGUUGUUGUUGUUGUGGGCAAUCCGAUGGGGAGAGUUUUCCUGGUAGAGUUACAGAGCAGGUCUUUUUAUAAAUGCAGAUUUUGCCAUACUCAUCUUGCUCCUUCUGAUAAUAUUCUUUCCUGGUCUUUUAAUUGUCGUCGAGGAAGGGCAUACCUCUUCAGUGAUGUGGUAAAUAUAACGCUUGGACCCCAAGAAGACAAGAUGAUGCUGUCUGGUAUGCAUACUGUGGAAGAUAUAUUUUGCGUCUGCUGUGGACAAAUUCUUGGUUGGAAAUAUGUAGCUGCGCACGACAAAAACCAAAAAUACAAAGAAGGGAAGUUUGUUCUGGAAAGUACUGCAAUACUCAUGCACUUUUCUAACAGAUGGAGGAUAGCAGAGGCGACGGAAGAACUUAAUUUGGAUGCUUGUGCUGGUUCAAGUGACGCAGACACUCCUUAGAAAUGAACUUGCAUGACUCUUCACAAAUAAAAGUGAGACAAAAGGUUAUAGAUGAUAUACAAUCCCAUAGCUAUAGACAUUGCUUAUGCAACAUAAACCCCGUUUCAUCACUGGAAGGCCUUCCAGGAAUGUUUUAGGCGCAUAGUCGUUAUUUAUACAGCCACCGGUCUGGAAUGGAGAAGUAGUUUGAGAUAUUUA